GAAGACUGCAAAGUUGCGACAGUUAAAAUAAAAACACCCAUUCAGAUUUUAUAUUUAAGGUCCAGGUCCAUGGGUCCGGAUCCUGAGCGCGAUCUUCUUCCUAGUUACCUCUGGUUUAUGACCUCGGGGCUGUUGUCGAUGGGUGUGGCGUUUGUUUCUGAUGAAACGAAACUAAAACUAGGCUGUAUAUAAAUAGCAGCUUCCUGAAGUGAGAAGUCAGAACGCCAACAGCUGAGAAGCGUAAACAGACAUCCGAGACUUCUAAAGACUAAGAGCUUUACCCAUUUUUAAAUAAUUGUUUGUACAUACAAAUGUUCUGUCAAGGGGAUAUCUGUAAAGUGUUACCGAGCUAAAGUUCAGCAGCUACCACAUUCAAUGCUAUGGAAAGGCUGACUUUAAGAACAUGGAGAAGAGGACUCCAGAAUGAUAUUGACACUGGCCAAAAUGAGAAUGGCCAGGGAGAAAGAGGGUGGAGAAGAGAGGGAGCACAGGGAGAUGAGGUGAGAGAUCAUGAGGUCAGAAGAAGAGCACGGAGUCGAGGAGGAGGUCCAGGUGAAAGGGAGGAAACAUGGAAUGGAAGAGGUGACGGGAUACGUGGGAGAGGAAGAGGAGGAAGAGGUGCAGGACCAGGGGCCUGGAUGGAGGCAAGAGGAGGUGAGGGUUUAAGAGGUAGAGGGAUAAGAAGAGGAGGAGGAGGAGCAGAUACAGGGAGGGGAGGUGAAAGAAAUACAGACAGACAAAGAGGAGGGGGGAGAGGUGAAAAUAGAGGGGAACGUGCAGAGAGGCAGAGAUUUGGAGUAGGAGGAAAUGGAGGGCCUGGUGGAGCUGAAAGGGAAGGAGCAAGAAUGGGAGUGGCAGGAUUGGGUGUAAGGAGAGGAGGGCACAGUGGGGAUAGAAGAGAAAGUAGGAGGGAUGAUAAAAGAGACGGUGCACAAUCACACGAACGUAAACUGGGCUUUAAGACACUGGAACAACUCUCUGGAGAGGAACCAUCUGUCGUGGCCUUUACACUCUCCUCAAACCCUGGCUUUCGUGCACGACUUAGUGAGGCACAGCUGAGUCAGGAUUUUAUCCAGCUCCUCUGCCUGGUGCUGAAUAAAGCCUUCACUUCAAGGACUGACAGAGGCACCUUGCAGCACCUGGCUGGCAUCAUAAAAGAUUCUAGGUUCUUCCACACCACCCUGGUUGGCUAUGUGGGGAGCAUGAUGUCAGAGUCCAGCCCUGUCCGUAGAGGACAUUACCCACAGCAUCUGGAAAACAUCCUAGCUAUUCUUUCAGAGGUGCUUAACAUCUUCCCUGCAAGCUCUGUCAAGGCAGUGAGUAUCUUGGUGACACUGCUCUCAGCCUCUGUCAACAGCCUAAGGGCAUCAGGUGUGGAUAUCCAGCCUGAAAUGGAGGAAAAGGUGGAACAGCUUAAAGGCCUCAUAGAACAUCUGCAGGAGAGAUCCAGGGACGGCACCCUGCGCUCAGACAGGGACUCGUAUGCACUCCUACCCACUGGUGGUGAUAACGCAGAUGAAGAAGAACACCAGGAUUUCAGGACCAUACCACUCUACCCAACUCCAGAGGAGUUCCACCAGGAACACAGGCCGUUUCUUAGACCCAACAUCAUCUCCCAGAGGUACACAAACACUCACCUCUACCUUGAUACACACUUCCGGCUGCUCAGAGAGGACUUCGUGCGUCCACUCCGUGAGGGGAUCCAACAGUUGCUUCAAAACCAAAGGGACAUCGGACAGAUGGACAGCCCAAUGAAGACAAAGCGCUUUGAUGACAUCCGUGUCUACUUUGACACACAACUGGUGGCACCCAAGUGCACGCCGAUGGGCCUUGCCUACAUUGUCCAGUUUGACAUUCAGCCACUUAAGUUUGUACGCUGGCAGAACUCCAAGAGGUUGCUCUAUGGCUCCCUGGUGUGCCUGUCGUAUGAUAAUUUUGAGAACUUCUUGUUCGCCACAGUGUCAGAUCGAAACCCUAAAGGUCUAGAGAAAGGACAGGUUCAGAUCACCUUCACUGAGGAAAGCAGACUAAAGUUGACCAGAAUUCAGACAGAUCAGGUGUUCCUGAUGGUUGAGACCACUGCCUACUUUGAGGCCUAUAGAUAUGUUCUAGAGGGCCUGAGGGAGCAGAUGGAAGAAAACCUGCCCUUUCAGAGGUACAUUGUGGAGUGUAGCACAGAUGUGCAACCACCAGCUUAUUUAAACAUAAGCGAUUUAUAUGACCUGUCAUGCAUUGCCAACCCUGACAACAAGACUAAGCUACGACCCUUUCAGUGCCUGGAUCCAGAGGCCUGGCCAACAAUGGAAGAGCUGGGUCUGGAUGAAUCUCAGAUGAGAGCCUUCCAGCUGGCCCUCACCAAAGAGCUGGCAAUUGUUCAGGGACCUCCUGGCACUGGAAAAACCUAUGUUGGCCUAAAGAUUGCUCAGGCCUUGCUGAGAAAUCAGAGUCUCUGGAGUGGCAAACUUGAUGAUGAUGAUGAUUAUGACAAUGAUGACACUGGCAAUGCUCCAAUGCUCGUUGUGUGUUACACUAACCAUGCUCUGGAUCAGUUCCUUGAAGGUAUUCAUAAAUUUAUGAAAAGAGGCAUUGUGAGAGUUGGAGGUCGCAGCAACAGUGAAAUCCUUAAACAGUUCAAUCUACGGGAACUGACCCAGUCACGGAUCUUCAGGCAAUCGCUGCCAAAUCACCUGCGUACUGCAUUUAAUCAGAUUUACAGGGAGCUAAAUGAGAAGGUGUCAGAGAUCGAACUCCAGAGUAUGAAGCUGGAGUGUUCUCUGAAAGGUGUAAUCCGUGAAAGCUUCUUACACAUGUUCAUUUCUGACAUACACUGGGAAAGUCUCAAUUCACCCCCUACAGAGGAUGCAUUUGUGGUCUGGAAUGAGAAGUCCAGUGUGAUGAUGGAUUGGUUGGGUUUGGGUUCCAAUAUCUUCCAGCAGAGGGAGACAGAGAAUGCAAAUACAAACGAAGGUGAGGAAGCAAUGGAGCAGGAGGACGACCUCAUUGAAAUCGCAGAGGAGGCGGAUCUGAUCCAAGCUGAGCGGGUGAUUGAAGACGACUGGAUUGUUGGUGCCAAAAUUGGUAAAGAUGAAAGAAAGAAAGUAGCCAUGGAUGAGGCUGCCAGAGAAGUGGAAGAAAUGAUGCUGGCUAUGAACCUGGACAAAGCUGAAAUACAAGCUGAGCAGAAUGAGAACGACUGGCAGAUGACACGAGACCAGAGGAAGAAGAUGAAGAAGAAAAUCAGAAAAGAGUUAGGGAAAAGCUCAGCCAUGACUGAGGAAGAGGAGGGGAACAUCUUUGAUAUUUGGAGUCUUAAGCUAGAAGACAGAUGGAGACUGUAUCGGCUGUGGAUGAUGCGCUACAGGAUUGAGCUGCGUACAAAAGCCCUUGCAUCUGAACAGGCAUAUCAGAAUGUUGUGGACAGACUGGCUGAUGUAAAACGACGAGAGAACCUUCAAAUCCUCAUGAAAGCCAAGGUCAUCGGCAUGACAACAACAGGAGCUGCCAAGUUCCGGGAAGCUCUGCAGGUGUUACGUCCACGUGUUGUGAUUGUAGAAGAGGCAGCAGAGGUUCUUGAAGCCCACAUCAUAACUACUCUGAGCAAAGCAUGCCAACACCUCAUCCUCAUUGGAGACCACCAGCAGCUGCGGCCAAGUGCCACAGUUUAUGAGCUUGCCAAGAACUUCAACCUGGAGAUGUCCAUGUUUGAGAGACUUGUAAGAAUGGAACUGCCUUUUGUGAGACUCAACUACCAGCAUCGUAUGAGGCCAGACAUUGCCCGUCUUCUGACCCCACACAUCUACUCAGAGCUAGAAAAUCAUCCCUCUGUGCUGGAGUAUGAAAACAUCAAGGGCCUUAAGACUGAUUUAUUUUUUGUGGAGCACACCCACCCAGAAGAAGAGAUCAAAGAUGGAAGAAGCCAUCAAAACACUCACGAGGCAAAGUUUGUCGUUGCUCUUUGCCGCUACCUUCUUCUCCAAGACUACAAACCAGAGCAAAUUACCAUCCUCACAACCUACACUGGUCAGCUCCACUGUCUGCGCAAACAUAUGCCCUCCAGUGACUUCUCAGGGGUCAAAGUGCAUGUAGUGGACAAGUAUCAGGGAGAAGAGAAUGACAUUGUUUUAUUGUCUCUCGUGCGUAGCAACCUGCAGGGUAAAGUUGGCUUUUUGAACAUUCCCAAUCGUGUCUGUGUAGCCUUGUCACGUGCCAAGAAAGGUCUUUACUGUAUUGGCAACAGUGCGAUUCUGAAAAGGGUCCACCUGUGGAGCAACAUCUUCCACACCUUGAGGGAGAAAAACCAGGUUGGUAAAGCACUGACCUUGUGCUGUCAGAAUCACCCAGAGCGACAGAUAGAGGCGUCUUCUGGUGAGGAUUUUAAACAAGCACCUGAGGGGGGCUGCACCCAGCCUUGCCAGUUCCGUUUGGAUUGUGGCCAUGUUUGUUCAAGAGUCUGCCACCCAUAUGACCCAGAGCACAAGAAGUUUAAGUGUGUGAAGAAGUGUGAGAAGAUCUUAUGUGAUCAGGGACACAGGUGCACACUUGUGUGCCAUAAAGAAUGUCCAAAGAAAUGUCCAGAGAAGGUCAUGAAAAUCAUACCACAGUGUCAACAUGCACAAAAGGUUCCUUGUCACCAAGACCCAAAAACAUUUGUAUGCCAGGAGCCUUGUCAGAAGCUGCUGAAAUGUGAACAUCCAUGUGACUCAGUAUGUGGGGAACUGUGCACCAGCAAGUGCAAAGUAAAGGUCACCUUGAAACUUAAGUGUGGACACAACCAGCAAGGUGCUUGCCAUUACAAAACACAAACAGAUGAGCCUGAGUGUAGGACCCCUUGUGAACAGCUGCUACAGUGCGGCCAUGCCUGUCGAGGUAGUUGUGGUAGGUGUUAUCAGGGACGCUUCCACAGCUCCUGUUCACACCGAUGUGAGCGACUUCUAGUUUGCUCCCACAAGUGCAUUGAACCAUGUACUCGCGAUUGCCCACCCUGUCAGAGGCUUUGCGAAAACUGCUGUGUCCACAGUAAAUGUAUGAAGCCAUGUGGGCAACCAUGUGCUCCUUGCAUUGAGCCGUGUGCCUGGCAGUGCCCUCACCAAAGCUGCAGUAAACUUUGUCAUGAGCCAUGCGAUCGUCCACCGUGCACCAAACCCUGCACAAAGACCUUGGUUUGUGGCCACCCUUGCAUCGGUCUGUGUGGUGACAAAUGUCCAAAUAAAUGUCGCAUCUGCAAUCGCGAUGAGGUCACAGAGAUUUUCUUUGGAACUGAAGAUGAGCCUGACGCCCAGUUUAUUCAGCUGGAGGACUGUGGACACAUCAUUGAAUCUACAGCCAUGGACCAGUACAUGACAAUGGAUGCCAACAGCCAGGUGAAUGAAGGAGAGCAGGUGGCCAUAAAACUAAAAGAAUGCCCCAGGUGUAAAACUCCAAUACGUAAGAAUCUACGCUAUGGAUCACACAUCAACCGCAGUCUGGCUGAGAUAGAGAUGGUAAAGAAGAAGAUAAAUGCAAAGCAGCCAAAUAUUGAAGAGAAGAGAAAGACCCUUAAUAAUCAGUGGAUGGACAAUCAGCACACAUGUGUAACACAUCUGGAAGUGGAAUAUGAUCGACUUCAUGGCAAACUGGAAACACAAAACCUCACAGCAAAUGAUCUGUGGGUCGUGGAGAACAAGAUCGAUUUCAUGGUAAGAGUUGCAAAGCUUCUGGAUAUUGAAAAGAAAAGCAUGUUGUUCAGCCAUGGCUAUACAUUUCGGCAGCGUGUCAAACAGUUCUUGAGUUGGCUUGAUGGUCCUUUCCAAAAAUUCACAGACCAACAGGUCUUUGAUUUGCAGAGAGAGCUGUGCAGACUCAACCUCCUGGCGGAACUCAAUGCCCGUUGCCAUAUGGCAGAGAAAAUAGGAAAAACUGAUGAAAUGCAGUCUGAAGUACAAGAAAUCAGAGAUGCAUUGGAAGUGGUGGGCCAGUUCACUGAACAAAAUCAACUAAAAGUUAAGAAAGCUCUGGAGGGACUGGAUGCAAAGUUCCCUGUCAGAGGAUUAGGAAUCAGUGACGAGGAGAGACUGAUGAUUGUUUCAGCCAUGAAAAUGCCACCAGGACACUGGUACAAGUGUCGUAAUGGCCAUGUUUAUCUUAUCACAGAGUGUGGAGGGGCAAUGGAGACACGACAUUGUCCUGAUUGUGAUGCUCCUAUUGGUGGGGAAAACCACACACUUGAAGGCGACAACACAGUUGCCACAGAAAUGGAUGGGUCACAGCACCCUGCUUGGUCUGAGGCCAAUAAUCUUCUUAACUUUGAGCGCCUGCAUCUCUAAAAGUCAUUUCAGAGAAGGCUGUUGUUGCCUUGACUUUUAAAUGCAAAAACUAAUGUUUGGUCUUGGGUCCUGUUUUUACUGUAAUGAUUUCUUUAUUCCAUGCUGGACAAGUAGCAGCCUUUAGAAAAGUCAUUGAGCAGUGAAAUUAAAAAGAGAUCUUUUAGCCGUCUGCCUAAACAGAUGGAUAAUGCAAAGAGUUGUGCAUGGAAUACAUUAAUUGAAAUUGCAUGAAAAGUGCUUUUAAACAUUUUGAAUUUACUUACUUUAGUAUUAUCAUCAAUUAUCUGUAAUACUUUCAGUGUGUGGAAUUUCUUUUUUUUUUUUUGCACUUUGUGUUUGUAACAGCUACCGAGUACAACAGUAGGUGGCAGUAAAGCACUAUAAAAUAACACUGUAUUUAGUCAUUUUCAAGCUCAAAUAAAAGUUUGUAUGAGCA